CUCUGCCUCUCACUCAGAGCUCAACAACUUGCUGAACAAAACAAUUUUCUAAAAAAAAAAAAUAAUUAUAAUAAUAUAGUAAUAAUAUUGUUACUGUUGUUGUGGCACAUCAUAGAAUAACUGCAUGUGCAUCUGCUAUUAUGUCAGGUAGGCUAUAUUCUUCCCGUCCCGUCUUUACUUCCCCUACAACAGGACACUUUGCAGCUCAAUUUCUCAGAGCUGCAGCCUGCAGCUGAGGUGCAGUAGCAUACCUAUUGGAAAAUGAUGAACAUCAGCAGCAGCAACAGGGGAAGUGGGGCUGAGGCCUCACAUCCAGAUGCUUGGCCCAGCAGCCCAGCCCCUCUGAACAUGAACCACUAUGCCAAUAAGAAGAGUGCAGCUGAGAGCAUGCUGGAUGUGGCUCUACUGAUGGCCAACGCUUCCCAGCUAAAGGCUGUGCUGGAGCAGGGGCCAAACUUCUCCUUUUAUACCCCCAUAAUCGCCCUAAUCAGCAUCUCCCUCUGUCUGCAGGUCACAGUCGGGGUUCUGCUUAUCUUCAUAGUUCGAUGGAACCUGAAUGAUGAGCAAAAGCAUCGGAGACUGAACAUUAUGGAAAACCUGGCCACAGGCUUGGUUUUUAUGAUAGUGGUAGUCAACGUCUUCAUCACAGCCUUUGGAGUCCACAGGGCGAACCGCAGCGACUGACCAAGAACACACACAGAGAAGACAGAGGCAGAAAAGUCUCCUGAGAUCACACACCUGAGCUCACCUCCACAGCUGUACUGUAUAUACCAUCUUUGAUGUGGCCAUUUGCCUACUGAUACAUUAUUAUAAAAAAUAACUGAAAGGGCUUCAAGUGAGUAUGAAAGUCAUCCACCCUGCACACAAGUCUGUCUUGAGCAGUCAACAGCGUUUAAUGUAGCAUUUAAUUAACUUUAUUCAUUCAAUCAAUUUGAUUGUCAUUAUUAAUUAAUGCGGGCUGUCUGUUGCCCUCGAUUGUCAUUGUUAUAGCACACCAGAACAUUUUCCAUUAUCCUUGUUUCCCUCUUUGUUGCGCUGAAUGAGGGAGCAGUGCCCUCUAGUGUAUAUAUUGAUGCUGUUUAGUCAGUGAGAUAAAUGUUUUAUCAUCAUCUCCAUUUCACAGCAGACAAAACAGUGCCAGACACAAACUUAGAAAAGCUAAUCACUAUACUGCUCAUUACUGUGAUUUUUCCUAUUAGACUACAAUACCGUACAGUGUUUGAUACUAAUUAAUUGUAUACAUUUCUAUGUAUAUCUUUGUAUACUAGAUUAAAAAUAAGAUACAACUCCAAGUGAUGUCAAAAUGUUUUGUGCUUUAUUUGAGCAAAAGUUGAACAUUGUUAUAGUGAAUCAAAUUCUUGGUCCCUGCACACCAACACAGGUGUUUUCACUUAUGUUGCCUAAUUUGACCUCUUCUCAGGAAGGUGUGGGUGUGUGCAAACUGCACUUGAUUUGAAUCUCCCUCACCCUUCUGUUGGUUUUGUUGUACAACUUUAGUUGGGACAUCUUAACCCUUACAGGUACAUAGUGUUUGGCUACAUCAUGUAAUUCCCAGCAUAGCUCCACCCAGCUUCAACCUGAGCAGAUGUCUAAUUAGGCAGAGUGAUUGAAAACACCUGUGUGGGUGUGAGGUUAGUCAGUUAAUAUUAGGCUUCAUUUUAGCUGAAAAUGGAAUUGGAGUCCUUAGUGCUGCACACCCAGUAAAUCCAGGUAAGACUCACACAUACAAGUAUUAUAGUAGAACAUUAUAAAUGUUUUUCAUAUAAAGAGGUGUCAGUUGUUCUCAAAGUGUAUA